CGCUAGAUACACGCUCGGUGGUCCGAUCGCGAAUUCCUUCCUUAGCGAGUGUUGUUUGCACAAUCGUCCCCACGGAUUGUCCGCCCUACGUCAACGUCAAUUUUCUUGUGCUUACCAUCGCGUGCCUCGGUUUAAGGGAGCUCACGUUUCCGUUGAUAUACAGGGCUUGUCAGACAUUGGCGAGCUGAAGCUUUUCGCUAGGAUUAAGCGGUAACGUAGGCUUGAUGGUAGUCGUAGGCUUCAGAGGCGGAGUUGCCUGAUAUCCGAUUAGGAAUAUUGUUGUUUACUGGCAGAGUCUUUAUAGUCAUCAGCUAAGGGCUAGAAUUGCCAGACAGGUGUUGUCUUCGGGCCUGGAGUUCAAAACGCCGCCUCAUUGUCUUCAUUCACUCCUUGGAUUACAUUUAUAUCACAAUGGUUUACACCGGAAAGCCGAGCAGGGGAUGUGGCAUGUGUAAGAGCCGAAGAAUCAAGUGCGACGAGAAGCGACCAACAUGUGGCAAUUGCAAGAAGUCGGCUCGAACAUGUCCCGGUUAUCCCGACGACUUCGAUUUGGUCUUUCGAGAUGAAAACAAAGCUAUGGCCAAGAAGGCAAGGAAAUCCUCUGGAACGACAGCAUCAAGCAACAGCACCGGCGCGUCAAGUUCCAACCCUUCUCCGCAUCUGUCACCUUCUUCGACGUUUGAUGUAUCGCCAGGAGAAAACGGAGUACCAGGAGAGAAGGCCUUCCAGACAAUAACAUCACGAUCACAUUCUCCAUCAGACUUAAGCCAAUCACAACAGAUACUGGCCUUACCCAAUUACACAACACCACCAUUACCUCUUAAUCAGGCGUUUGAUUUCGAAGCGUUUGUGUGGAAUCUCGAAAAUGCAGUGCCCCCAACUAUCUCACUUGCGCCAGAAGCUGAAGCCGUACCCUUCUUCUUCAAGAACUUCAUUACCCUACCACAACAAGCCGAAAGCACCAGAGGCUAUCUAGAGUAUCUCGUGCCUCUCUACAAUCGUGCUCGCCCAUCCUCCGUUCUUCACCUAGCCACUACUGCUGUUGCAAUGGCAACAUGCGGCCAGUAUCCUGGCCGACAAGAGCUACUCCGGGAAGCAGUAUCUACCUAUGGCAAAGCUAUCAAGAAACUGAAUGACGAUCUGAAAGAUCCAGUGAUGGCGAAGAGCGAUGAAAGUGUGCUUGCCAUUCUUAUGUUUUCACUGUACGAGACAAUAAUGAGCACAGACGAUACUAUCACAGCGUGGGGAAACCAUGUCGACGGUGCUGUCGCGUUGACAAAGUUAAGAGGCAUGGAUCAAUUCAAUGACCCAAUCUCUCAUGCCAUGUUCCGCGCUGUACGGACGAUGAUGAUCACAAGCUGCGUUCAACGCUCGAAGCCUAUCGACUCGUUCCCUGGCGCGGGAGGCUGGGUUGGUAAAGGCGACAUAUCAGAGGAAAAUGCUGCUAACCGCCUGACACUCAUCUGUAUCGACCUUCCAAACCUCCGUGCUCGCGCAAACACCCUCACCACCACACCAUAUGAUCUGACCUACGAAUCAGAAGCGAAGCAAAUUCUCGAGUUCGCACAAAUGGUCGACGACAACCUCGAAGAGUGGUACCGUACACUACCCCCCGAAUGGAAACAUCGUAUCAUUGGUGUCGUUAGCGAAAGACUUGCCCCUGAGGAUAUUGCGCUGGCGGAAAAAUGGCCAGGAGAACAGCAUGUAUAUCAUGACGUGCCAUUGGCGAGUAUAAUGAACGACUACCGUGUAUGCCGGAUAUUCUGUCGGAGAGUAAUCAUGGCAUGUGUGACAUGGCUGAGUUUCAGUGGUAACUAUGCAGAUGGCGACGAGGCAUGGAAUAAGAGUGUGUUUGUCAUCCAGAUGAUGGUGGACGAGAUCAGUGCGUGUAUACCGUUCCAUAUGAGCUACGAACUACAACCAAUGGCCAAGGAGAUGGGCCAGGAGCAGAAUGCUGCGGAGGCCUAUGGAGGGUACUCAUUAGUGUGGCCGCUGUACGUUGCAGCAAACGCUGAGACGGUACCGCAACAACAGCGUGACUGGUUGCUAGGUCGACUAUCAGUCAUUGGCACCAAGUUUGGGCUGAGUAGUGCUCAGGUGCUGGUAUUAGCACGGAGACAUGUUCUGACAUGUGGGCCUAUGUUUCCUUGACGCGAACCGACGCGUGUUACUAGACAUGUAAUAAUAUUGAGGGAAGAAGUUGUUUCGAGUUCGCGGUAGGCAACAUCGCACGUGUAUUAUAUAUAGCUUUGGUGGUCACGGGACAUGGCAUUUCGGUCAGAAUCCAAUACGAAGCAAAUGUACCGCUCGGGGGAUAAUCAUCCACAUGGAGCAAGUGCUCUUGCGACCCACCGGUUCGACGCGGAUGAUCAAUGUGGAGAACCCCGUCUUGUCACGCGUCAGGCAUCCCGAGCAGGACCCUCGUUAACAAGGCAUCAUCAGCACCUUUCACAUGGCAAGCUCCAGCGGCGCCGCUCACAUGUCGCAAUCAUUGAUCGAAGAAUCGCCCGCGGCGAU